AUGGAAGGAGGAGAGUUGUAUUCAAGAUUCAAAAAUGGCGUUUCUUCAAAACUUGGGAAUCCAUGGCAGAACCUGCAAAAUAACUUGAAUCAUUCCAUUUCCAACACCAAAAUCGGCAAAUACUUUAAAUUAGACGCCAGGAAAACCUCUUUCACCAAAGAACUCCGGGCCGCCACCGCCACCUUCCUCACCAUGGCCUAUAUCAUCACCGUCAACGCUACCAUCCUAGCUGAUUCCGGCGGCACUUGCUCCGUUUCCGACUGCACACCACCACCACCACCACCACCAUCCAACCAAUCAGCGGCGGUUGCUUUUGCCGACGAUUGCAAGUUCAAACCCAACGUAGGUUAUGAAAACUGCCUUUCCAAGACUAAAAAUGACCUUAUCGCCGCCACCGUUUGGUCGUCGAUGAUCGGUUCCUUAGCCAUGGGUGGUCUCGCCAACCUGCCGCUGGCACUGGCUCCCGGAAUGGGACCGAACGCUUACUUGGCCUACAACUUAGUCGGGUUUCAUGGGUCGGGUUCCAUUUCGUAUCGGACCGCGAUGGCUAUCGUCUUGGUUGAAGCUUGCAUCUUUCUAACAAUCGCGGCUCUAGGACUCCGAGCCAAGCUAGCACGGCUCAUACCUCGAUCGGUCCGGUUAGCUUGUGCGGCUGGGAUCGGUCUUUUUAUAGCAUUCGUCGGUUUGCAAUCUAACCAGGGUGUUGGAUUGGUAGGGCCCGAUCCCGACACCCUGGUGACGUUAGCCGCAUGCACCGGUAAAAACACAGUGACCGGAGUAUGUACCGGUGGGAUCAUGCAGAGCCCGACGUUUUGGUUGGGUUUUGCCGGGUUCUUGAUCACGUGUUAUGGGUUAAUGAAGGAUGUUAAAGGAAGCAUGAUUUAUGGUAUCGUGUUUGUGACGUUAACGUCUUGGAUUAGGCACACGUCCGUAACGGUUUUUCCCGACACCCCUGACGGUGACACGAAAUACCGUUACUUCAAAAAAGUGGUCGAUUUUCACAAAAUCGAGUCCACUCUGGGCGUAAUCAGCUUCACCGGUUUUAACACCAGUGAAGUCUGGGUUGCCCUAUUUACGUUAUUGUAUGUAGACGUACUGGCGACCACCAGCACGCUAUACACGAUGGCGGAACUUGGAGGCUUUGCGGAUCAAAAAGGCAGUUUCGAAGGAGAGUACAUGGCGUACUUGGUCGAUGCAGGGACCUCGAUUGUGGGGUCCACACUCGGGGUCUCUCCAAUCUCCACGUACGUCGAAUCCUCUGCUGGGAUUCGAGAAGGUGGACGGUCAGGAUUGACCGCCAUCAUUGUUGGUUUCUAUUUCUUUUUGUCGAUAUUUUUUAUUCCACUGUUUAGCAGUGUGCCGCCGUGGGCCAUUGGCCCGUCUUUAGUGAUGGUCGGGGUGAUGAUGAUGAAGGUGAUCAAAGAUAUCGAUUGGAACGACGUUAAAGAAGCUGUGCCUGCAUUCGUCACCAUUUUACUGAUGCCGUUAACAUACUCGAUUUCAAACGGGAUUAUCGGAGGAAUCGGGAUGCACGUUGCCCUUAGCUUGUAUGAUUACGGAGUUUGGUGGUUCAAAUGGUUGAUCAAGAUGAAGAAAAGGGUUUCAAGAGAACAAAAUCAAGUUUCGGCCACCGUUGCAGCCGAUCGAAUCGUCGAGAUCUUGUAAAUAUGUUCGGUAGCGGAUCUCCGAUUCUCGCUCAUCGUCUUUUUGUUGAGUCUAGUUUUAAGUUAUUAAGACAUGUCUUGAAAAACGGCAAAAGAUGCACGGGCUACCACGAGAAAGUUUUUCUUUGGCCGUUCGUGCAUCUUUUGACAAUGUAGUUUAGCCUAUUUCGACGUUUACG